AUGGGAGGAGGAGUGGCUGACUCCGGAUACUUUGAAGAAGCAAAGUUUAGAGCUGAUCCAUCCUUGAAAAUUGAAAAUGUUGUCAAGUGCAAUUCGCUCCGUGGAGGACUUAGCCGCCGAAGUAGCGCCUGGCGAAUUGCGUUGUGGGUGACUGUUUCUACUGCGCUGGCUUUCAUUGUUGUGAAAUGCACAAUGAAACUAGGAACUCUCAGAAGGGCACCAGUGAGGAUAUUGGCGGAAGGCGGUGGCGAGUGGGAGGAGGAGAAGCAACCCCUGCUGGGCAGUGAAUACGGAGAAGAAGAUACUGUUUGCGUUGAAGGUAGCCCCACGCGGCCAAGUAGACAGCGACAAGAGACGACUUCAUUCCUGUCGAGGUUGUGGAGCCCAGGAUCUUCGAACAACCAACACGAAGGACCUGCAGAAGACAAUAAAACCGGCGAAGUUUCUUCUCCAAGGCCUACCGCUGCUGCUGUUGGCCCGAGCGGCAUUGCUUCGGGCCAAGGCAGCAGCCGGAGCACUGCAAGGCAGCGAAUUGAGCACCAAACUCAAGUGCCUGUUGGAGAUAAGAAUUCCCGGCAUUAUGGAGAUCUCUACCCAGCGUAUACCUUUCCACUACUUGGACGGAAAUACCAACACUUCAGAAAGAUGUUGGAAGAUUUCCAAGAAUAUGCGUGGGACAUUUGCUCUUCUCAUCCGACCUCAUACAACAAGGAUUUCUCGAGCGACUAUCCACUGCCGGAUGGAACGGGCAACAUUACUGUUUAUGUGAAGGCUAUUGAAAUU